AUGGGAGUUCCUUGGACAAUCUAUCUCUAUGGCAUUGCGCCCUGCACAGGCGGGCUGGCGUUUGGCUAUGACACCGGUUCCAUGAGCGGCAUUCUAGUCAUGCCUCAAUUUCUCUCGUACAUGAAUUACCCUAGCAACUUCUUACAAGGUGGCAUCACGGCUUCUAUCCAGAGCGGCGCAUUUGCAGGUUCACUUCUUACCGGGGCAUUUCUUGCUGAUAGACUAGGCCGGAAAAGAACGUUGUUGAUUGGAUCUGCUGUUUUCACUAUAGGAAUCAUCAUCUCGACUACCGCCAAUAAUGUCACGGCCUUGGUGGCUGGCAGAGUAAUCAAUGGCGUGGGGAAUGGGUGUCUGGCAAUGAUGGUGCCAAACUACCAGAGUGAAAUCUCGCCUCGGGAAAUCCGUGGACGUAUAAUUUCCGUCCAGCAGUGUUUCAUCAACUUUGGCAUUCUGAUUGCCUUUUGGAUUCAGUACGGCACUAGUCAUAUGGAUGGCCAGGCUGCUUGGCGGCUCCCCAUCGGCCUACAGAUGAUUCCAACAAUUGUGUUGCAUAUUACGAUGUACUUCAUGCCUGAAUCUCCGCGUUGGCUUGUUCAGCAGGAUCGACAGCAAGAGGCAUUGCAUGUGUUGGCACGACUACACUCCAAAGGAGAUAUUGAUGAUCCCUAUGUGCGUGCGGAACUGGCUGAAAUCAUUGCUAAGAUACAAUGGGAGAAAAGCAAUCCUCCAACGACCUAUGUCUCGAUGCUUUUUGGCGCAGAGGCACGACGUACCUGGUUAGCCAUUGGGGUGCAAUUCUGGCAGCAAGUCACCGGUAUAAACGUUAUUAUGUACUACGCAGUCUUUCUCUUCCAGCAGGCUGGACUCGGCGCAACUUCAGCUUCACUUCUUGCCAACGGACUUCAGGGUGUUAUUUUAAACAUCUUCACCUUACCAAACAUGUAUUACAUGGACACCUGGGGCCGAAGACGACCAAUGAUAAUUGGCGGGGUUGGCAUGGGUAUAGCGAUGAUGCUGAUAGCAGUUAUUAUGAAGACGAAAGGAGAUCCGGUUUAUGAUCCACUGACCAAAAAGACAAAUUUCAAUUUCGCCGAUUACAAUGCAUCUAAUGCUACGGUUGCAUUCGUGUAUAUAUAUGUCAUGGUCUUUGCUUUGACGUGGGCAUGCAUAGCAUGGGUCUAUCCGGCUGAGUUAUUUUCACUCAAAAUGCGAGGACGAGGUACUUCGCUUUCGUCGGCGACGAAUUGGUUUGUUAACUUCUGGUUUGGGUUGUAUAUACCCACAGCCAUGGAGAAGAUUUCAUGGAAGCUUUAUCUCAUUUUCAUGGCUCUAUGCUAUCUGAUGGCAGUUGUAGUGUUUUUAUUCUAUCCCGAAUCGGCCGGCAAAACACUCGAAGAAAUGGAUUUCUUAUUUACCAAAGACCGCACACCGUGGGUAAUUUUCGAUCGGUCAGCGACCAAAGUCGGUGCUAUCUUUGAGCGCGAUAUGGCUCAUGGCGAAGCACUCACUGCCUUUGAAUCUGGCAGAGGGGUGAAAUUGGAGGAUGUUGAGCAUGGGGAGCACGUGGAAAAUGCUACUGUUGAGACUGUCGCUUUGCCUUGA